AUGUCAAGCUUCAAAGGCAAUGCCCUUAGAGGCACUUUCUUCCUGGUCUUCGGGCUUGGGUGGUCUGUGAAAUACCCAUUGAAAUACCUGAGCCGGACGCUGAAUGCAGACAAUCAGGCAGGCCGCUGGAUCCAGAAACUGGAUAUCCUCGAAGGGGCAGCCAAAGCUUUCCUGGCUGUAGCAGGGAUGCUGGCUGAGCAAUUCGUCCCCGAUGGCCCCCACAUGGGUCUCUACAGUGGAGGGACCUACAGCUGGGAGAAGCUGACUAACUGGCAGUACACGACCAUGUACCUCUUUUAUGGCCUCUCGGGCAUUGUGGAUGUUCUCGCCUAUUCCCCGCUCAAGCUGUCUCUGGGACUGGAUCGCCUCUUGCUGUCUGUGGCUAUGUUCACUGAAGGUUUCCUGUUCUGUUUCCAUGACUACAAUAAUACCGCUCUGGAUCAGCACCUCCACUCCUUGCUGCUCAUCGCUAUAUUUGGUGGAGCCCUUUGCGCCCUGAUGGAAGUGUUCCUGCGGGAUCACACCAUCCUGGAGUUCUUCAGAACCAGUUUCUUCAUCCUCCAGGGAUCUUGGUUCUGGCAGAUUGGGUUUGUGCUGUCCCCACCAUGGGGAGGGCCAGGUUGGGACCAGACUGACCGUGGAAACUUCAAUUUCCUCACCAUGUGUUUCUUCUGGCAUUACGCAGCUGCUCUUCUCGUCACAGCAGCCAACUCUGUUUUUUCUUAUUGGUACAGAAAGGCAUGUCAGGCAAACUUUGGAAAUAUUGAUGUUGAACUCGACUGUGGGUUUUGUUUACGGAAAACCAACCAAAGCCCUGAACCUGUCCUCCUCCCAGAAGAUGGGAUGGAUGAAAAGUGAGGACUUGACUGAUUUCUCUGCUUUCCUGAUGAUUGUCCCCUUAAGAUGAGAUUUUUAUUUGCCAUUUUAAAUAAAGUUGAGACUUUAUAAUGGAGU